CGGCGGUCUCGCUGAGCUGCGUCCAAUCUAGAUAGCCUUCCUUCGGCUUUUGACUGUGAUUCCGGACCGAGGUACUGCUGCGGGGAUCCGCCGCAGACGGGCGGACGCUUUUCCUCGGUGACAGCACGGUGCUGCUGUAAUCUCGCUUCGGACUCCAACCAGACCCGAACCGCCCGAAGAACAUGAGGAUGACGAUGACGUCAGAGGCCACAGGCCAGCAGUCUUGACAGGAAGCUUGAGCGGCGGCGGCGGAGUCAUGGCGGGACUGGCGCCGAGAACCCGUGAGUCUUUACAGCUGUGAGGCGGGCGAGAUGGCGGACAAGACUGCGCCGCGCUGCCAGCUGAGGCUGGAGUGGGUCCACGGCUACCGCGGCCACCAGUGCCGCAACAACCUGUUCUACACGGCGGGGAAAGAGCUGGUCUACUUUGUGGCCGGGGUGGGCGUGGUCUACAACGCCCGGGAGCACACUCAGAAGUUCUACCUGGGACACAACGAUGACAUCAUCAGCCUGGCGCUGCAUCCCGACAAAGUGCAGGUGGCGACCGGCCAAGUGGGCAAGGACCCGUACGUGUGCGUGUGGGACACGUACGCCAUGCAGACCGUCUCCAUCCUGCGCGACGCUCACACGCACGGCGUGGCGUGCUUGGCUUUCGACGCCGAGGGACAGCGACUGACCUCGGUGGGUCUGGACGCCAAGAACACGGUGUGCGUGUGGGACUGGAGGAGAGGACGCGUCCUGGCCUCGGCGACCGGACACUCGGACAGAAUCUUCGACGUGGCUUGGGAUCCGCAGCUUUCGACGCGAUUCAUCAGCUGCGGCGUCAAACACAUCAAGUUCUGGACUCUGUGCGGCAACGCCCUGACCCCCAAACGCGGAAUCUUCGGGAAGACGGGCGACCUCCAGACAAUUUUGUGCGUGGCCGCCGCCAAGGAGCAGACCACCUACUCGGGAGCGCUCAACGGAGACGUGUACGUGUGGAGAGGAGUCGCGCUCGUCAGGACGGUGCAGGCGGCGCACGGGGCGGGAAUCUUCAGCAUGCACGCCAGCGAAGAAGGCUUCGCCACCGGCGGACGCGACGGUUGCGUGCGGCUUUGGGACGUCGACUUCAAGCCCAUCACCAAGAUCGACUUGCGGGAAGCCGAGCAAGGAUACAAAGGUCGGAGCGGCGAGCGUUGUUCCCGCGAAGGGCGAGCGCUCGUCGGUCCGUCACGGCGCCGUCUGUCUGUGCUUUCAGGUCUGUCCAUUCGCAGCGUCUGCUGGAAGGCGGACCGGAUUCUGGCCGGGACACAGGACAGCGAGAUCUUCGAGGUCAUGGUCCGGGACAGAGACAAACCGCUGCUGCUGAUGCAGGGGCACAGCGAGGGCGAGCUGUGGGCACUCGACCUCCAUCCCAAACAACCGGUCGCCGUCACCGGAAGCGACGACCGUUCUGUAAGGCUGUGGAGCCUUCCUGACCACACCCUGCUGGCCCGCUGUAACAUGGAGGAACCGGUGCGGAGCGUUUCCUUCAACAACGACGGAUCUCAGCUGGCUCUCGGCAUGAAGGACGGAUCCUUCACCGUCCUGCGAGUCAGGGACAUGACGGAGGUGGUGCACAUCAAGGACCGGAAGGAGGUGAUCCACGAGCUCAAGUUCUCUCCGGAUGGCUCCUUCUUGGCGGUGGGCUCCAACGACGGCGUGGUGGACAUCUACGCCGUGGCGCAGCGCUUUAAAAAAGUUGGCGAGUGCACCCGCUCGGCCUCCUUCAUCACCCACCUGGACUGGUCCGUAGACUCUCGUUUCCUGCAAACUAACGACGGUGCGGGAGAGCGCCUCUUUUACCGAAUGCCAGCAGGUAAGCCGGUGUCCAAGGAGGAGACGAAGGGGGUCCACUGGAUGACGUGGACCGGCGUGCUGGGCCCGGAAGUCAACAGCAUCUGGCCCAAAUACUCCGACGUGACCAAUGUGAACUCCGUGGACGCCAACUACAGCAGCGCCGUGCUGGCCACCGGCGACGACCUCGGCCUCGUCAAACUCUUCCGCUUCCCGUGCCUCAAGAAAGGCGCCAAAUUCAAGAAGUACAUCGGACAUUCUGCCCACGUCACCGACGUCCGCUGGUCCAGCGACCUCCAGUGGUUGGUCAGUACCGGGGGUGCGGACCACGCUGUCUUCCAGUGGCGCUUCUUGCCCGACGGCGUCAUGAACGGGGUCCUGGAGCCCCUCCUCCAAGAAGGCUACGCGGACUCGAACAGCGGCGACUCCGACUCAGACGUAUCCGAUGUCCCCGAGAUCGACUCGGACAUCGAACAGGAAUCUCAGCACAACUACGAACGUCAGGUUUACAAGGACGACCUGCCGCAGCUACGGAGGAAGCUGAUUGGUUCCCUGAAGAGGCAGAAAGCUCCCGAGGAGGGGCUUCGUCUGCAGUUUGUUCACGGGUACCGGGGCUUCGACUGCCAUAACAACCUGUUCUACAGUCAGACGGGCGAGGUGGUCUACCACGUGGCCGCUGUGGCGGUGGUCUACAACCGGCUGCAGCACACUCAGAGGUUCUACCAGGGUCACGACGACGACAUCCUCAGCCUCACCGUGCACCCCCUCAAAGACUACGCCGCCACCGCGCAGGUGGGUCGGGACCCAGCCGUCCACGUGUGGGAGAUCCUGACUCUGAAAUGUCUGUCGCUGCUCCGAGGUCACCACAGCACCGGCGUGUGUGCGCUGGACUUCACAGCUGACGGGAAGAGUUUGGUGUCAAUCGGAAUGGACGACUUCCACUCGGUGGUCAUCUGGGACUGGAAGAAAGGCGAGCGACUGGCCAAAAGCAGGGGUCACAAGGACAAAGUGUUUGUGGUGAAGAGUAAUCCCUUCCGGAUGGACAAGCUGGUCACGCUGGGGAUGAAACACAUCAAGUUCUGGCAACACACAGGUGGCGGUCUGACGUUCAAACGUGGAAUCUUCGGGAACCAGGGCAAGCAGGAAACCAUGAUGUCGGCGUGUUACGGCCGCUCCGAGGACUCUGUGUUCUCCGGGGCCACCAACGGAGACGUUUACGUUUGGAGAGAAACCACGCUCGUCAAGACCGUCAAGGCCCACGACGGGCCCGUGUUCGCCAUGUGCUCGCUGGACAAGGGUUUCGUGACGGGCGGAAAGGACGGCGUGGUGGAACUCUGGGACGACUCCUUCGAAAGAUGUCUGAAGACCUACGCCAUCAAGAGGGCGCUUCUGUCCCCCUCGUCCAAAGGGCUGCUGCUGGAAGACAACCCGUCCGUCCGAGCCAUAGCGCUGGGACACGGGCAUAUUCUCGUAGGCACCAAGAACGGAGAAAUUCUGGAGAUUGACAAGAGCGGACCCAUGACGCUGCUGGUCCAGGGUCACAUGGAGGGCGAGGUUUGGGGUUUGGCCACCCACCCUCUGCUUCCCGUCUGCGCCACCGUGGGCGACGACAAAACUCUGAGAAUGUGGGAACUGUCGGCCAAUCACAGGAUGGUCGCCGUGCGCAAGCUGAAGAAAGGCGGGCGGUGUUGCGCCUUCUCUCCCGACGGCAAGGCUCUGGCGGUGGGUCUGAACGACGGAAGCUUCCUGGUGGUCAACGCCGACACCCUGGAGGACAUGGUGACCUUCCACCACCGCAGGGAGCUCAUCUCCGACAUCCGCUUCUCCCAAGACGCGGGGAAGUACCUGGCCGUGGCUUCCCACGAUUCCUUCGUGGACAUCUACAACGUGCUGACCAGCAAGAGAGUGGGCAUCUGUAAAGGAGCCGCAAGCUUCAUCACUCACGUGGACUGGGACUCCAGAGGAAAACUUCUGCAAGUCAACACGGGAAGCAAAGAGCAACUUUUCUUUGAGGCUCCUCGAGGACGCAAGCACAACAUCUGCGGGACCGAGUUGGACAAGCUGGACUGGGCUACCUGGACUUCAGUUCUGGGUCCGAGCUGCGAGGGAAUAUGGCCGACGUUCGGCUUUGUCAACACGGCGUCGCUCAGCAAAGACGGAAAACUGCUGGCCAGCGGGGACGACUUCGGCUUCCUGAAACUCUUCAGCUUCCCGUGCAGGGGUCAGUUCGCCAAGUUUAAGAAGUAUGUGGGUCACAGCAUCAAUGUGACCAACGUCCGCUGGUCCAAUGACGACGCGCUGCUGCUGUCGGUGGGCGGGGCCGACACGGCGCUCAUGAUUUGGACUAGGGAGCCUCCGGGUCACAAUGAGAACAAAGUCGUCGACAGCGAAGAGUCCGACGACGACACCGAGGAAGACGGAGGCUAUGACAGCGAUGUGGCUCGGGAGAAGGCCGUGGACUACGUGACCAAGGUCUACUCGGCCAGCAUCAGGAAGAUGACUGGAACCAAACCUCACCUGCAGCACAAGGAACUUCCUGUGGAAGAGAGACCUCCGGUGAGUCGGGCAACUCCGCUGCCUGACAAGCUCGUGAGGAACGUGUCCAGGAAGAAGAAGGCAGUGGAGGACUUGCAGCUCGACCACGUGUUCGGGUACCGAGGCUUGGACUGCCGUAACAACCUUCACUACCUUAACGACGGCGCCGACAUCAUCUUCCACACUGCGGCCGCAGCCGUCAUACAGAACCUGUCCUCCGGAACUCAGAGUUUCUAUCUGGAGCACACAGACGACAUUCUGUGUCUCACUGUCAACCAGCACCCCAAAUACCAAAACGUCAUCGCCACGGGACAGAUCGGUGACAUCACAGAAGUCCCAGGUUUUGCUCCAUGCAUCCACGUGUGGGACGCCAUGACCAAGCAGACCUUGUCCAUCCUACGCUGCUCCCACGCUAAAGGCGUCGGCUACGUCAACUUCAGCGCGACGGGGAAGCUGCUUCUGUCUGUUGGGGUGGAGCCCGAACACGUCAUCACCGUGUGGCGGUGGCAGGAAGGGACCAGGAUCACGAGUAAAGGGGGCCACCCGGAGCGGAUCUUCGUGGUGGAGUUCCGACCGGACUCGGACAGCCAGUUUGUGUCGGUGGGCAUCAAACACAUCAAGUUCUGGACUCUGGCGGGCGGCUCGCUGUUGCACAAAAAAGGCGUCGUCGGCGCCGUGGAGGACGGACGCAUGCAGACCAUGUUGGCGGUGGCCUUUGGAGCCAACAACCUGACCUUCACCGGCGCCAUCAACGGCGACGUGUACGUGUGGAGGGAGCACUUCCUGGUCCGAGUGGUGGCCAAGGCGCACAUCGGUCCGGUCUUCACCAUGUACACCACGUUGAGGGACGGACUCAUCGUCACGGGUGGAAAAGAACGUCCGACCAAGGAAGGCGGCGCCGUCAAACUUUGGGACCAGGAGAUGAAGCGAUGCCGAGCCUUUCAGCUGGAAACCGGUCAACCGGUGGAGAACGUCCGAUCCGUCUGCAGAGGGAAGGGCAAGAUCCUGGUGGGAACCAAAGACGGCGAGAUCAUCGAAGUCGGAGAGAAGAACGCGGCGUCCAACACCAUGAUCAACGGACAUACCCGGGGCGGGAUCUGGGGACUGGACGCCCAUCCUUUCAAAGACGUCUUCAUCUCGGCCAGCGAUGACGGAACCGUACGCAUUUGGGACCUGGCUGAUAAGAAACUCCUGAACAAAGUGAAUCUGGGCCAUCCCGCUAAGUGCACGUCGUACAGUCCCAACGGCGAGAUGGUUUCCAUCGGCAUGGAGAACGGAGAGUUCAUCAUACUGCUGGUCAACUCGCUCACCGUGUGGGGCAAGAAGCGAGACCGCAGCGUCGCCAUCCAGGACGUACGCUUCAGUCCAGACAACCGCUACAUCGCGGUGGGUUGUGUCGAGAGCGCCGUGGACUUCUACGACCUUUCGCUGGGCUCGUCCCUCAACCGGAUCGGUUACUGCAAGGACAUCCCGGGGUGCGUCAUCCAGAUGGACUUCUCUGCGGACAGCAAGCACAUUCAGGUGUCCACAAGUACCUACGCUCGGCAGGUGCAUGAAGUUCCUUCGGGGAAGAUCGUCACGGAACCGUCCCUGGUUGAGAGGAUCACCUGGGCUACGUGGACCAGCAUCCUCGGCGACGAGGUCCUGGGGAUUUGGCCUCGUAGCGCCGACAAGGCGGACGUGAACUGUGCGUGCGUGUCCCACGCCGGCCUCAAUUUGGUGACCGGCGACGACUUCGGCCUCAUCAAGCUCUUCGACUUCCCGUGCUCGGAGAAAUUUGCCAAGCACAAGCGCUACUUCGGCCACUCGGCUCACGUGACCAACGCUCGCUUCUCCUGCGACGACAAGUUUGUCAUCAGCGCCGGCGGCAGCGAUUGCAGUUUGUUCGUGUGGAAAUGUCAAUAAUUGCCAGCGUGCUCCGGCGCGGCAGAGGCCCGGCGUCCUGUGACACCCUCGCAUAUUCCAAGCGCGUUUCCUGUGCGGGGAUGUGCCUUUCCACUCCGACCAAACGGGAUUUGUCUUUGGGGCGCAGUGCUACUACGUCACAGCAGGAAGUUGAACACUGUGGCUCCGCUUGUCUACCUCACCACGGCGUUCACUCGCUGAAGGUUACCAUAGCAACACUCGCUGGGCUUUUAUACACUUGAAGGAAACGUUGACUGAUGCGUCGAUAAAAUGGGAAAAGAUGCCGGAAUACAGUGAACUCCCGUUUGUUGUGUGGGAUACAUUCCAGAUCUGCUCGCGAUACAGAGAGGCCGUAUCAAUUAUUAUUUAUUUUUUUAAUACAGCGGUGUCUUGAGUUGCGAGUGACCCGACUUAUGAGUUUUUCAAGUUAAGAGCCGUCAUUCGGCCGAUUUUUGGAACGCUGUAGGGUGGCGGUGAACUCGACUCAACUCGCCUCGCAACAGGCAACAAUGAACAAUUCUUCAAAAAACAGCCUUCAAGCUGUUUAUUGCCACUCCCGGCUGAAGUUUACUCUAAUACAGAAGACAAAAGCUAAUUACACUUUGUGUAUUUAAAACAAGCAUAGUUUAGCCUUUCAGUUUGCUAGCUUCAGGCUAACGCUAAUUAGCGUAUAUGUUUGAAGCCCUCAAAGCAACAGAUUGAUGAGAAACGGUUCAGCAACAACAUGUAGUGGGGCUCCUUCGGUCGUUUGUCGACCAUGGCUAUCGCGCCCUCGGAGUUUGGGUGCGAUGCGGCUAGAGCUCGACCAACGCGCGAGUGGCCGUCUCUGGUGCACAAAGUGGAGAUGUAGUGGGUCGUUGGGGAGCGCCCGUAUGCGCGAGUCUUCCGUCUGGCUCUUGUCCUUUUUUUUGCCAGGUUCAGUAUCUUCUCCUCGCCUGCCUUCUGCUGUUUGUUGAGCCAGCAGUGCCACCCGCUGCGCUUUGCUGCAGUGUCCGCCCAAAUCUCUGUUUUGCUAUCAAGGGCUUUCAUGUCAUGCUUGCAGACAUCCGUAUAUCGCAGCUGCGAGCGGCCUCGGGGUCUUUUGCCCGAUGCGAGUUGACCAUAGAAGAGAUUAUACAGUACAAGACAAUAUAACAGUACUCAAAUUCAUAUAUUCUUUAUCCUCUGCGUAGAACGACUAAUAUUACUGCCUUAGUCAUAAAGCUGAGGCGUUAUUAUGAAUCCCACUUGAGUUGUAGGCAGGACACGCCCGCUGCAAUAAGAUUAACCAAUCAUAUAACAGCUGGGCUUCAUAAUAAUGCGUCAAUGAACUGUUUAUCCGUCUGUCUCUUAUUCUGCCCACAUGUGGCCAAGGCGGGCACACCAGAAAGAGCAACCAUUGGCAAUUCAAUGGACUGUGAAAAAAACGUUCAAUUCUAUUUGAUUGGAGACUCUAAAUCGCCCGUAGGUGUGACUGUGAGUGCGAAUGGUUGUUUGUUUCUAUGUGCCCUGCGAUUGGCUGGCAACCAGUUCAGGGUGUAGCCCGCCUCCUGCCCGAUGCCAGCUGGGAUAGGCGCCAGCACGCCCGCGACCCGCGUGAGGAGAAGCGGCUCAGAAAAUGGAUGGAUGGAUGGAUGGAUGGAUGGAUGGAUGUUUUUUGUGUAUGUAUUUAUAAAGUAUUUUCUUAU